AUGGGCUCGCCCUCUGGAGCCGCCGGUCGCGGUGGUGACUCGUCAUCGCCAAACCAGCCCGGCAGCAUUUCUCUGUCCCAAGAUGCUUCUUCAGAUGUCAAGCGCUCGAGUUCCGUGAAAGUAGAAGAGCCCGCGGCGCAUUACGCUUCCCCCGCUUCCUCAUCGCAACCCUCUUCGUCCUCUUCGUCUGCAUCGAGUUCUGUUCCCGUUUCGAUGAGCAAAAACACGACCAGCGCCCCUGAAAACAGCAGCAGCACGACGUUGCCUCCGCCAUCAACAGCACCAACGGUACCCAUUACGAACAGCAAUCCCAAGCUCCCCACUCAGCUGCCGCCUCUGACGCGGCCGCCGCAGUCGUCGACAGCGCCGCGAAAGACCAGCAGUCCUGAUUACUUCUCACACAAAGCAUCCCUUAGCCUCGAGCCUAACCCGUUCGAACAGUCGUUUGGAAACGCACCUGUGGAAACGCCGGGAGGCACUAAGUUGCCUUCUGUUGCCGCACUCACGUCUCCUUCGUCUCUUUUGCCUGGUGGCUCACCGUUCUGGGGACAAGGUUCUCUUCGAACCGGUCCGCUGAGCCCGGCCAUGCUCUCGGGUCCCGCGAAUAACGACUACUUCGGUGACCCGCAUCCCAUCCCGCGCGGGUUUCCGACGCCGAACGAGUCUUCUCUCCGAACCGGUCUGACUCCUGGAGGCAGCGGGUCCAUGUUCCCAGCUCCAAGUCCGACUUCUCAGUCUCUUUUCUCCCUUAGCGGCCCUGCUGCGACGCCGGGCACGCUCGACUUUCAUCGGACUGCUCUCAAUGCCGCUGCGGCUAAGCGCGAACAGAGCCAGACACAACAACCACCGACGCUACCUCCCCCUCAGCCUAGCAAUACGGCGCCUACAUCUCAGCCACAGGAGAUGAGCAACGGCUUGUCUGCCCCUAAGCCGGCGGAGCCCAGGCCCGCUCCUCCGACCGCCAGCACCUUCGAUCCCCAUGAUAACGACGCUGCCAAUGGUUUGUUCAUGCUGGCCCAGGGACGCAGCGCAACCCAGCUGCCACCUCCCCAGCCGUACAACGUACCCUCGAUCCAACUGCACACAACCUCAGCUGCCCCGGCGCCGGCCCAGCAGCCGACUACCAGCACCUCUCCUCAGGUUGGUGGUGCCCCGUCGGUGUCUGGGAGCUCGGGUCGUGGUGCUAGCGAGGCCAGUGCGCGCUCAGAAGAAAGCGAGGGCGCUCGGCCGAGUACUCGUGCCAAGGGCAAGCGGACAUCGAGCAGCACGGCGACCAAUGCCCGUCGCAAGGCUGAGGAGCCCGCAGCGAAGGCACCGGCCGCCAAGAAGACCAAGACUAACAGCGAGAACGGCGCCGAGGAGGAGGCGCAAAACAAUGACGCCAAUGCUAAUAAUGAGGAGGGUGCUAAGGAGAACAAGCCCAGCACUUCUUCCAGCAACGCAUCCUCGUCCAAGGCUAAGAUGACGGACGAGGAGAAGCGCAGAAACUUCCUGGAGCGCAACCGCGUGGCCGCGCUCAAGUGCCGACAGCGCAAGAAGCAGUGGCUGCAGAGCCUGCAGCAGAAAGUGGAGAUGUUCAGCUCGGAGAACGACCAGCUCACGCAACAGAUUACGCAGUUGCGCGAGGAGGUGGUCAAUCUCAAGACGCUGCUGCUGGCACACAAGGACUGCCCCGUGACGCAGCAGCAGGGCUUGCACGGCGCCUUCCUGCAGCAGGCCCUCGAGCCAUUCAACCACCAGCCGCCGCCCGCGGCGGCGCCAGCGGGGGCGCUCAACCCCUACGCUACCAUCCCGCCGUCCAUCCCCCCGCCGAGUCAGCCCGUGCUCGCCGGGCAGUCUGUCAGCCGCCGUUAUUCAUGA